CACCUCCUUUUCAUCCGAAUUCUAGACUUUACCCAAGCAAUCAAUCUCUCUCCAACAACUUUCGUCCGUCCCACAGCAGAGUGAAUAUUCGCUAUCUCUUAUUCCAUGAGCGAACUGCAAAAGUCCUUCGCCAAAUCGAAACUGGCGAAACUCCCACCCGAACCCCCUCUAAUCCCCGAAACCAUCGAAGAUGAUUCCUCCUCAACGUCGUCAACAGACACAAUCAUUCCUUCGCCGACAAAGCAAUUAUUUUCCAGACCUGGAGGAGCCCGAGGAUCCACGACUACUCUAGAUUGGACCGCCUUUUUCACCCAGGAGCUCUACCUCUCACAAAAGGUUGACGAUCUCAAUAUAGAGCAUCAUGUAUAUCUCACUCCGCCGACGAACUCGGGCCCUCUCUUCGUCAUGCACCACGGCGCCGGCUCGUCGGGUCUCUCCUUCGCAACCUGCACAGCCGAGAUCCGCCAGAUCAUUCCCAAUGCUGGGAUUCUCUCCCCAGAUGCUCGGGAUCACGGAAGCACCUCCGUAACGCGGGAAGACGGAAACGCAGUCGACCUGGAUCUGAGUCUGGACACCUUAACCCGGGACCUCCUCUUCGUUAUUCAUGCGACACAGGCGAAAAUGGGCUGGGACAUUCUUCCGGAUAUUGUUCUUGUCGGGCACAGUUUAGGGGGGGCCGUCAUCACGGAUGUAGCUAAGAAAGGCGAACUGGGUGCGAAGCUUCUAGCUUAUGCUGUUUUGGAUGUUGUCGAGGGAUCCGCAAUGGACGCCCUCCAAAGUAUGGAAACAUACCUCUCUACCCGUCCCUCGCGGUUCCCCUCUCUAGCCUCUGGAAUCGAGUGGCACACACGCUCCCGCACAAUCCGCAACAGGACCUCCGCUCGAGUCUCCGUCCCCCCAUUACUCUACCACCAAGACUCCCCCAUCGACCCAACCAAACCCUGGGCCUGGCGCACAAAUCUCGCAGCAACAAAGCCCUUCUGGGAAGGCUGGUUUGUCGGACUCAGUCGGAAAUUCCUCGAAGCCCGCGGCGGGAAACUACUUCUCCUAGCCGGGACAGAUAGACUAGACAAGGAGUUGAUGAUUGGACAGAUGCAGGGGAAAUACCAACUCCAGGUCUUCCCCGAAGCAGGCCACUUCAUACACGAGGACCAGCCCGCAAAGACAGCACAGGUUCUAGUUGACUUCUACAAACGGAAUGACCGGAGUGCAUUGGUGCUGCCGCCCAAGGUAGCUGAUAUGCAAGCCUCCGCGGCUAUGAAGUUGGGGGGUGGGGCGCAAACGAAGCCCCAGGGCGGCGGCGGCGGUGGUGGUGGUGGUGGUGGUGGUAUAGGGUUCCUGAAGAACCCUUAGCCAAGUAGAUAGGUUCUUUUGUAUUUCCUUUGUAUAUGUAGUGAAUGGAAUGAAAGGAAACCUCCCUUACGUCGCUGGUCUUCGUUGGGAAGAGAAGAGAAGAGAAAGAAGAAUAAAAAAGAUAGGGGUUGUAAAUGUAUAAAUUCUUCCUAUUUUAUAUUGAAAGAAACUUCUCCUCACCCCUUUUCAGAAUGCAG